AUGACUACCCGGACGGUCGCUCUGGCGCUUCACGAUCCCCCACUCACGCAGUCAAAGAAACCAAGACUUGGUGGAUCAGAUAGCAGCAAGAAGGCCCCGGGUUUUACCUCUAAUAAUGCUAAACUCGGGAACGUCCCCACACAGCUGGAUGACGACGAGAUAGUUGAGAUAUCAGCGCCAAAUAAACCCAAGGAUCGUUUCCACAAAGGAAUAAUCCCAGUCGUUCCUCAGUGGCCCGUACAACUGGAUGAUGACGAGAUAGUCCGAGUUGUCCCUGCCCUUAAGACAAAGAGGUUUCUCGCAAUCAAGGACGGUUACAUUGGUAGUUUUCGGCUCAGUCCGCCGUACCAUCUGGCCUGGGAGGAGAGAAAUUUAACCCUCCAUUCCACUGAACGACCUUGUCCAACGGCCAAGCACACUGACAGGAUUUUUGUGGCUGCUGAGAUAGCCAAGUUCAAGUACACCGAGUUCGAUGAUACUUCCGAUAUGAUCUUCGUCCUGAAGCGAUACCCAAUGCAGCAUGCUAAGGGCGGCCCGCGCUUCAUGUUGCGACCAGAGGUAUCCCGAGACAAGGGUAUAAUCGUCGUCAAUCUGGGCAGACCUCCGCGGACCCAGUAUGAAGAGUUCAUCGCGUGGAUGAAACCGUUGGUCAAGAGGAGAAGCGUUAUACAGCAAGUCUUUGUAUGUCUCGAAAAAUUUCAACUGCUAAAUCGCGUCAGCGAUUCCGCCGUCAACGUUAUCCGGAACAUGGUAGAAAUGCGCGGUACUGGGAAGACAAAGGGCAGGUCCACCGCAACACGGAAAGAGGAGGAAGAAUCUGACGACGAGCUGGGGAAAUGGAACAAUCAUAUUGCGACGGACAAGAGCUUGAAACCUCCAGUUCAAGAACAAAAUUCGAGGCAACACUCUUCUUUCAUGGAGUUCGAUGCUAAGUUAUGCGUUCCGAAUAGUGCAGACCCGGAUGCAGUGCUAAAUGCAGACUCGAAGAUAGAGUUGGAUUCCGCCGCUCAAUCAGCGCCUGAUUCCAAUUCAGACGAAGUUAUUCUGGUUUAUCCUACUGGUCAGAUUGGAGCCGUCAACAUUACGAAGGGCGACAUGAUUCGCCUUCGACCCAACGCGUUUCUCAAUGACACCCUCAUCGAGUUUGGCUAUGGCUGCACCGGCUUGUACAAAGAUAACACGGAAUUAGCGAAGCAAAUUCACGUUUUUAGCUCGUUUUUCUACCAUAAAUUAAACCAGCAAAGCUACGCUAGUGUCGCCAAAUGGACUUCCAAGUUCGACCUCUUCGAAAAGAAAUAUAUUAUCGUUCCCAUAAAUGAAAAUCUUCACUGGUAUCUAGCCAUCAUCUGCUACCCAGAGCACGUCUUAAAGCCAGAACUGCCACCGCCGCCGUCCACCAAAGUAUCACCUUCGACCCCUAGCAAUACCAAUACCAGAUCCAAUCUAAACUUGCCAUCGGACGAACCAAUGGAGGUGGAAGUGAUUUCUCCUGCGUUGAUGGAAAGGGUCCCAUUCGACACUUCAAACGAACCACAAGUCCAACCUCGCGCCUACAUCUUCACUUUAGACUCGCUAGGGUUAGAGCAUCCAAGAGCGGGAGUGCUCUUAGACAAUUAUCUGCGGCAAGAGGCGUCGGAGAAGAAGAAUAUGCACAAAGACCGGUUAAAUAAGGCGACAUACAAACCUGCACUGGUUCCACACCAGCCCAACUUUUGCGAUUGUGGUCUCUAUCUUCUUCAUCUCGUCGAGACUUUCUUUUCUGACCCCCACAAAUAUGCCAACAUCGUGCUUAGUAGGAAAAAUCCCUAUGCUGCGGCAGAUCGGGCGCGCCGAUUGGCAAGCGGAAGGAACCGAGGGGAUGCGUGA